AUGAGAUCCGUUUUUCUCCUGGCAUUAUUCUCAAUCUUCCGGUGUUGUAGCUCAGGUAAGUGUAAAUAUACGUGCAAGGUUUGAAUUGUCUUGUAGAUCCUUUCGUUGACUUCAAGUUCGUGGGACAACCUUUGGAUCAAGUCAUUGGUCCUACUAAAAGUUUAAAACUGCAAUGUACAUAUAAUGUAAACAAUAAUACGAAAACGGUUGUUAAGUGGUAUAAGGACGGUGUGCUAUUAUCAAAAGAUUCCCAAGUGUAUGUUUUUAGGUAGAUGAAACGUUUUUUCGUAUUUUGCGAAUAAGUUUUACAAGUUUCAGUGAAAACCUAUUGAUUGAAAAGCCAGUACAAUCUGAUGAAGGGUAUUAUCAAUGUCAAGUGAAGGUCUAUGAAAAGGAGAAGGUGAAAUGGGUCUUUCUCUCGAGGAAGGCGAUGGUCCAAUUCUCUCGGAUACGACAUUUUGUCCAUCAACCGAAGAGCCAAAAGGUCUUUUUGAAUCAAUCUGUUUCCUUCAAAUGCUCUGUGGUACGUUCGAACUGUCAUUAUAUGAUUCGUUUAGGUCGCUAUCGGAAAUCGGGAUGAAAUAAAUGUAGAAUGGUUCCAUAACAACCAUAGAGUCAUUCCCGGUUUGGGUAAGUAUUUUUAUGCUUGUCAUAUUUAUCAACUUUUUUAGGCGGUGUCGUAAUUUUGCCGGAAAGUAAUACUCUCGAGUUGUCCCAUGUGAACAAAAACUCGUCUGGUACUUAUAAAUGUAUUGCUCGACUUAAUGGACACUCACUAACCAGUCAAACUGCUAUUUUGGAUGUAAUAGAAGGUAGGAUUUACAUGGUGAUGUUGGACUUUUUAGGAAUCGUCCCUCUUUCACCAGUGCUCUCAUUAAAGCCUUCGGACAAGGAUGUUUUUGUUGAUGGCUCUGUCCUCUUGGAAUGUAUGGCUAAUGGGUCUCCUCAGCCAAAGAUCUCCUGGUUCCGAGGAUCCGAGCCUUUAAAAGUGGAUAACCAUAGACUUCGAUAUGUAGGGGCUGAUCGGUCGAAUGUUCUCAUCAACAAAGUCAAGUAUUCUGAUGCUGGGAAUUACUUGUGUGUUGCCGAGAAUGGAAAUGGAAAGGCAGAGAGUGCAGCCACUAUCCAAGUGGUCUCUCACCCCAAGAUCUUAAAAAGACCGGUCAAUGUUGUCAAGACUGAGACUGAGGAUAUAGACGUAGGUUGAAGCUUCGGGGAAUUAAGCUUUAUUGUAGUUUGAAUGUACCGCUGCCGGCUUUCCUACACCGAAGAUAACAUGGUUCAAAAGUGGAGAAAUCAUUGUUCCAAGUGAAUAUUUUGUUAUCGAACCUGGUCGACUGAGAAUAUCUGGCCUUAUAAGGGACGAUGAAGGUGUCUAUCAAUGUUUUGCGGACAAUGAGUAUGGAAGUGAUCAAUCUUCAGCACAGUUAAUUGUAAAGCAAGCAGGUUUGUUAAUUCGAUCUUCAAAUAUUUCGGAUUUAGAGUUUUUAUCGCAAUUCAAUUCGCAAAGAGAUAAUAAUACAGAAAAGGAUGACUGUAAGCUAUUAUUAUACAGGCGUGCGAAAUUCUAAUUAUGCUGUGUCUUUGCGAUAAAAGUUCUUUUUGUGUUUCCAACAACAAUAUUACAAGUUCAUGUUUGUUUUUAACACUACAAAAGAGUACAAGAGUGAAGUUCUGAAAGUGCACUGUGUUCUUUUAGCUCUAACGCAAGCUCUAAUAUCCGGAGAGAACACCGGACCACGAUCUCCAACAAAUAUUCAAGUACAGAGUGUUGGUGGAAGGUCGAUCAGAUUAAGAUGGUCAUCUCCCAUUGGGGUCUCGUUCCCGGAUGAAGUCGAAUACGUAGUCUUCUACCGAAAACUGUCAGAGGUCGAGUAGGUUUUGCUUUCAUUUUUAUUUACGUUUCCAGGGACCAAACUUACAAUACAACCUCACCAUCUGCCACAUUGUUGUCCUUGGAUCCGGACACUGAGUAUAAAAUCCAAGUUUCUGCCGUUGAGAACCAUGUAAUUGGUAAAAAAUCGGAAGAAAUUUCUGUAAAGACGAAGAAAGAAGGUAGUGUUAACAUUUCAAGGUGUUAUUUCUUUGCAGAAAUUGUCGUUGGCCCAGUCAGAAAUUUAAAGAGCAAGGUCUUAAGUUCGGACUCGGCCCAGGUGACUUGGGACCCUCCAAGUGACGCGCCGCUGAACGUAAAAUACAAAUUGUUUUACAAGAGAACUGAUGUUGCUACGGAAUUGGAAACUCAAACAGUUGUGGUUAAACCCGCAUAUACGUUGCAUGGGCUCGAUAAGAAUGCGGAUUAUGGUGUGAGAGUUGAGAGUGUUGGGCCUGACAAUCAGGGAAAAAGUUCGGAGCUUCUGACUUUCAGAACUUUAUCUGAUAUUCCUGAUGGCCCUCCAUUAAAUGUAAAGGCCGAAUCUCAAGGACCAGCUUCCAUUAUUGUUCGAUGGAGUCCACCAUUGGAAAGUCAAAGGAACGGUGUCAUCACCGGAUAUAAAAUACGAUAUAAGACCAAGGGUACCAAGGCGGUUAACUUGAAUGUGAAUGGAAACGUGAAUGAGUUCAAGAUUGAAGGUCUAGAGCCUGGAACUACGUAUCAAGUUAGGGUGGCUGCACAAACUCAGGUUUGUUUUUAUUUAAUAGAAAUAUCCGAAUUCUUGUAGAAUGGAACUGGUGUGUACUCCGAGUGGGUGUCGUCAUUAACCCUCGAAAACGAUGAGGUCGAAACAAUUCCUGGUGCACCAGCUGAGCUAUUGUGUUAUGCGACAGCAAACUCCAUACAUUUGACAUGGAGUCCUCCUCAAGGAAAUGGAGUUGUUAUCAGAGGAUAUGUGGUAGGUUUUAAAGCUAUGCAUGGCAAUGUUUUUAGAUUGGUUGGGGACUUUUUAUACCCGACGUUGAGAAAGUAACGGUAGAUGGUUCAAUUCAUCAGUACACGAUCACUAAUGUAACAGCUGGUCGAGAUUAUGUGAUCUCAGUCAGAGCCACGAACAGUGCCGGAACGGGUUUUCCGAUAUACGAAACCGCCAGGUACGUUUAGAUUGAUCAGGCCACUUAUGAAUAUUUUGUAGUACAUUGGAGCGAUCUGAACAGCCACCUAAGGGGACCGCGGAAAACUCAUUAAGAUCAUCUGUGGAAUUGGCCACUCCGGUCGGGGUCCAGGCGGAGGCUCUUUCUGAUGGGGCCGUAAGAGUAUCUUGGACCGAUACUACUAACGCUUUCAACCAAGUGUUUGUUGUCAGAUACUCUAGUAAUGAAGAUCCCUCGCAAUUUUAUUAUAAGGAUUCGACUGAUACGGAAACAAUCAUUGAAAAUCUACAACCAAAUACUCAGUACGAGUUUUCUGUAAGCCGAAAGGGAUCUUCUCAAUGGAGCAUGAGUACCCUCUGCAAAACAGGAUCGUCUGCGCCAUCCUCUGCCCCCAGGGAUUUAACUGUCGUUCCAAACUCACCCACUGCCCGACAUGAUCCAAACACCGUAUCUUUGAAUUGGCAACCGCCAAAGUACGCCAAUGGAGAGAUCGAAGGUAAAGCUUUUUUUUGCGUUCGUAUUAUGAAUUUAAUUACUUAACAAAAUAUAAUAAAUUAUUGCUUUCAGAGUACAUCGUGUUAUACUCGGACCGUUUAGACGUUCCUGACCGUGAUUGGAUUGUUGACACUGUAAAAGGUGAUCGACUUUCAAUGCAAAUCAGCAGUCUGUCACCUAACACGGCUUAUCACUUCAAAAUCCAAGCCCGAAAUAUCAAGGGAUACGGUCCAUUAUCUCCAGUUGUCACAUAUACCCCCGGAAAAGUUGGCUACAACACGCCCGUCGGAGUCAAUCAUGUAAACAUGCAGAGCAGAAACGGAGCUGUAUUCAACGAGUUUGAAAGAUACCUUCCGUUUAUUAUACUGGGAAGUGUCUGCGUUCUGUUUACAAUCCUGGUUGUCCUAUGUAUAUUCUUCUGUACCACCAAAUGCAAAGGAGAGAAGAAGGACGACUCUAGGAUUGGAUAUGUGACAAGCUCGAGGACUCCCACUAACAGGAAGACAUCGCGAAAUACUCCGCAGAAAGAUUGUUGGAUUACCCAUCCAUCCAACCGAGUCGAACUGUUCGAUGUACCCAAUUCGUCAGUCAACGAAUUGAAGAGGCUUACCAAUCACUCAGAGUCUCCGAUUCCGCAUUAUCAGCAUCUUCAAGGUUGGUUUUCGUUUCUUUUUUUUUUGAGAAUAUUACGCAUUCCUUUCCCUUCUGUCACAAUUUUUCUUUUGUCCUUCUGUUUUGCCAUCCUUAAUAUGAUUCUAAGCUCGUUCUCGUGAGGGAUCCAAUUUCUCAUUUAUUGCUCGUCAUCCCGAUCGUGUCCCCACGGUUUCAUUCGCUUUGGACUCCCGGCAAAAUUUGCGGAAGUCACUGCCUCCUUCUCUUAAUAUUUCUACAAGGGCUUCUCAACGAGGCAUUCUACGAAACACUAUUGUCACCCCUGAAAACCUCCGGUGCAAAUCGUCGAUGAGUACCGAUUCGGCCAUUAUGACCCAGUCUUCCCAUGAAGCAUGCUCUGCUUGCAGCUGGGAUAAUAGCAACACAACAUACGUCAAGGAUGCCCGGAGGGUUUCAGCUCAAUAUGCUGUUUUAAGAGGGGUUGACAGAUUGUCGUCGUCUAGAAAUACACCAACUGAAUUGCAAGGCGAGGGCGAUUGUAAGUGGGCAAAAAGAAUGCAAUGGAGAGAUUCUGUGUCAAGGAAGCUGAAUGUACAACACAGUCCUAAGUCCUUAAAAGAGAGUUUUUUACAACUCGAAGGAUGGCCCGGACAUUUCGAAAAAACGACCGACCCAGAAUCUUUUGGUAUUUUGCAUAGUUGUUGUACUAUGAUAGCUGAACGUCAGCACGAAUUUUUAGUUUCAGAAAUUACCGUAUACGGGGGUUACGGUAGGUACAAUUUUUAGAAAGAUUGGGUUCGUAUGUAAAAACCACGAAGAGUAAAGGGGCGAAACUUUGCUAGUUUACGUUUUCGACCCUGGGGAACAUUUUCAUAAUUGACAACUUUGCCGUAGGAUGUUGCCUUCGACUACUUUGAAAAAUACCAAGGUACCAUAUUGAAUGUAACUUUUUUGCAGAGAACUUGUCUCAACUUUUGAAACUUCUUAAAAACACUUUGACAUGUAUGUAACAACAUAUCAAAAAUGCGCGAAAAUAAAAGGGGGGGUUUUGGAGUUACGGUACUUAGAAUGUUGCCGGUACGGUAUAUCAAAAAAUAAUUUUUUUCAAAAUCGGUGUAGAAGACCCGCAAAAAUUUCCAAAACACGUUUUCGACCAUGGCGAACAUUUUUGUAAUUGACACUUUUUUUGUAGGAUGUAGCCUUCGCCUACUUCGAAAAUGACCCAGAUACCAUGUGUAAUGUAACUCUUCGGCAUUCUACUUGUCUCAACUUUUGAAACCUCUCAAAAAUACGUUGACAUGUAUGGAACAACAUAUCAAAAAUUUAGAAAAAUAAAAGGGGGGGUUUUGGAGUUAUGGCACUUUUAACGUUGCCCGCAUGGUAUAUCAAAAUUUUAUUUUUUCUAAAAUUGGAGUAGGACAACCGCAAACCUUGCCAAUAUACGUUUUCAACCAUGGGGAACAUUUUUGUAAUUGACAGUUUUGUUCUAGGAUGCAGCCUUCGACCGGUUUGAGAAAUGUCAAGAUACCAUGUUCAAUAUAACUUUCCGGCAUUCAACUUGUCUCAACUUUUGAAACCUUUCAAAAACACCUUGACAUAUGUGUAACAACAUAUCAAAAAUUUAGGAAAAUAAAAGGGGGGGUUUUGGAGUUAUGGCACUUUGUAUGUUGGACAUACAGUACACCUCGAUUUAUUCUCGGCUUAACUUUACGUAGAUUAUUUUAAAAACAAAAUGUAAUGUUUUAUCUAUGUUGUACGACCCUCACAAACUAUUUUCACAAAAAAAUUCAAAAAAACUAGACCUAAGCAUACUGUAACAUAUCGUGCGCAGAUAAUUGGUUACUGUAACAGCAAGAUCAGUGAUUUCUUAAUUUUUUUGUAACAAUUGCCACGGUUUAGAGACGUGUGUGCCAUACGACGGUGGAAUCUAUCAAAAUCGGAUGUCAGCAUCACAGAAAAAGUUCGGUGUACUGUAUGUCCAACGUUCAAAGUGCCAUAACUCCAAAACCCCCCCUUUUAUUUUCCUAAAUUUUUGAUAUGUUGUUACACAUAUGUCAAGGUGUUUUUGAAAGGUUUCAAAAGUUGAGACAAGUUGAAUGCCGGAAAGUUAUAUUGAACAUGGUAUCUUGACAUUUCUCAAACCGGUCGAAGACUGCAUCCGAGAACAAAACUGUCAAUUACAAAAAUGUUCCCCAUGGUCGAAAACGUAUAUUGGCAAGGUUUGCGGUUGUCCUACUCCAAUUUUAGAAAAAAUGAAAUUUUGAUAUACCGUACCGGCAACAUUCAAAGUACCGUAACUCCAAAACCCCCCCUUUUAUUUUUCUAAAUUUUUGAUAUGUUGUUCCGUACAUGUCAACGUAUUUUUCUGAGGUUUCAAAAGUUGAGACAAGUAGAAUGCCGAAGAGUUACAUUACACAUGGUAUCUGGGUCAUUUUCGAAGUAGGCGAAGGCUACAUCCUACAAAAAAAGUGUCAAUUACAAAAAUGUUCGCCAUGGUCGAAAACGUGUUUUGGAAAUUUUUGCGGGUCUUCUACACCGAUUUUGAAAAAAAUUAUUUUUUGAUAUACCGUACCGGCAACGUUCUAAGUACCGUAACUCCAAAACCCCCCCCUUUUAUUUUCGCGCAUUUUUGAUAUGUUGUUACAUACAUGUCAAAGUGUUUUUAAGAAGUUUCAAAAGUUGAGACAAGUUCUCUGCAAAAAAGUUACAUUCAAUAUGGUACCUUGGUAUUUUUCAAAGUAGUCGAAGGCAACAUCCUACGGCAAAGUUGUCAAUUAUGAAAAUGUUCCCCAGGGUCGAAAACGUAAACUAGCAAAGUUUCGCCCCUUUACUCUUCGUGGUUUUUACAUACGAACCCAAUCUUUCUAAAAAUUGUACCUACCGUAACCCCCGUAUACGGUAAUUUCUGAAACUAAAAAUUUGUGCUGACGUUCAGCUAUCAUAGUACAACAACUAUGCAAAAUAUCAAAAGAUUCUGAGUCGGUCGUUUUUUCGAAAUGUCCGGGCCUUGUUAUGAGAAGCUUCAAUCUGUAAAAAACUCUCUUUUAAAUUCUCUUUGUCUAAAAGUCCUCUGUCCGCCCAUUUUAUUUAUGUUAUUCAUAUUAUAAUCUUAUCGUUACCGCUAACAUUUUUUAUGUAUUUUUUGAGGUGAUCUUUGAGAUUGUUUAACUUUUAAUUUAUGCAUAUUCCGUUUUUAGCGAACGGAACGGUUCCUCGAAGCUACCACCAAUCGUCGGUCAGUUUGGAAAGUCGCCAACGAACCCCACAGAUAUUAUACACGGGAUCUAAUCGACAGGUAGUUUCAGUGAUUAAAUAAAUAUUUUUUUAGCAAAUAACUCGGAUUGAAGUGGGAUCCGACAAAGGUUCGUCGUUUGGAGGGUCAAAUACCGGCUUACAAGGCAAUGAUACCCCUCCAACGGCGUCAGAUGGAAUGUACCAGACUGUCAGAACCAACUCGAAUCCACUUAGAUCCUUCGUGAACAGCGUGAAUCCUGUUCCUCCUCCAUUAAACUUGUACACAUCUCCUGGCCUUUCUCACGAACCUCGGUUGGCCAGUGUUCGGCCAGUUGUAGUGGCCUCCUCGACAAAUUUGAAUCGGCCAAGUAGGUUUGUUCACAUAAUUCAGGCAUUUAGGACACGUUUUCCCCGAUCUCCGAGAGUUUUUGCGACUUUCUCUACUUGUCUUUACUCAAAUUCGACUUUAUCCAGUUUGGGCGAAAAACUCAAAUCUUUUGUAAAAAGUUUGCCUUAACUCGAUAAAGCCCUCAGAUUCUGAUCUGUAACUUGUUUUUUUCAUUUUCAGUGAAUAAGAUUAGCAAUACGGUACUCCCCAUCGGCCGAGCACAAGCACAACCUCGAGUAAAUCUGUCUAAUUAUUCGCCAAAUUAUUCUCUACACGGGUCAAGAGAAGAUUGCACUAGCGCUCAAGACGAGGAUCUGGUUCAGAUUAAAGCUCGGACCAAUCAAAUGUCAUCGGUAAGUUUACUUUUGUUAUUCAGUAGUUUAUUGCAUGUCAUUUAAAGUCGUAUUAACUCAGUUUUCGUUUGUUUCAGCCCCAGUCGGCAACACAGGAAGACGUGAACUCGUCUCAGAUCGAGAAUAUCAUCACUCAGUUACAAAGUAUGCAACACGAUUUCGACAGCUAAUACCACACCUUCAUCCAGUAUAUAAAUUUAUAAUGACUGAUAUAUCUACAUGACUUAAGACCGAUCUCAAAUCACUUGCCAACUUUAUUAUUAAUAAAUAUUGACGUUUUAUAUGAAGUUUGAGGCCUCUUCGGUUAUGACCAGUUCUACCUCGUUUACUGUAGGCACACGUGCUGUCUUAAACUUUUUCCACGCGUUAUUUCAUAACUCUUUUUUUUUUGGCCGUUCCGUCCUGGCCCUAUCUCGAAGGACCGGACGAAGAAAGAGAUUGUGCGUCCCUCUCUCCGAGAGCCGCCUCGCUUUCCUCUCGCUUGGAAGGCCCCGUAUUCCAGUUCUAUCGACAUAUCUGGGCCUGGCCUAUGUCCCGUCUUAUUCCAAAUUGUUCGCCCUAAUAUUUCCCGUUGUUUAACGCAUUUAUCCGCGAUGCAGACCCCUGGCUUGAAUGUGAGAUUACACAUACCAUUGUGUAUUCCAGGAGGCAAAGUCUCGUGUUCCGUUAUUAUCCAAAGCUUCCUCCUGACCUCGGGUUUCCCAAAAAUAUGCUUUUGGUUUCGAAACGAUUAAAAAAAUUGUUGUCGGAGUUAUCAGUGCUGGUCGCGUCUUAUCAGCCGACCCUAGCUGAGUCUCGUUUCAUCCCAUUUUCUCGACGUUUCCAUUCGAUUUGUGGUUUUAACGAUUAAUUUAACUAUUUCAUCUUGAUUUGUCAAAUAAUGUUCAGCGUUAUAGUACACGCGUUUUGUAUAAAUUUCCUGGUAAAUCAAUAUUAAUUAUUAUCUGUUUCAGUUUUUCUCUUCGAGGACUCCAUUAAUUUUCUUGUUUCGUCCAUUGCACUGGGGGAUCAGGUGCGUAUGGACAUUUCAUUCAACCAGCCCCAGAAAGUUCAAUCACAAUUCCGUCAGAAGAAUCUUCUGAAGGCUUUUCAAUAACCCAGUUUGUAAGUCACUGGCAGUUUUUGUGUAUAAUAUGCAGUAUAUCUGGCAACUGCGUCCGGUUGCUUAAAAAUUAUUAUGCUUGAUUUCAGCUUCUCGCGCUCCUUCUGGUUGUCGUGGAGUCAGUUCCAAGACCCAGAAGUCCGCAAGUAAACUUGGACAAGAACGCCGAACCACCUUGGGACCCUGAUCCAAAAGUUGGUUGGUCUUCUUCGGACUUCUGAACGCCUCGGUUUCCUCAUCUCUCAAGAUUUCCGCCCGUCUUACAACAAACCCGCCCGUUCGCGUACUCCAUUCCGGAUACACCGUCAGUUCUCUACAGAAACCGUGUGAGUGGGGCACUCAGUGCCGUCUGAUCACUUGCAUUCGUCGCUUGGGAAGGCCUCCCUAAUAGGCCAGCUUGUUCGGUAAGUCUAGAAAUGAAUAGAAACUGGGUCUGACAUAAUUGUCGAAUAAUUGUUUUUUUAUAGGCAUGCCCGUGGUACAAAACAUCAAACGCUUCGGCCAGGCAUCGGUGGAGUUGGCGCAAGAAGUUGCCCAACUAAAAAACACCCAAGGCGUCACCGAUGCCUUCUUUGUGGCCGACGUCGGUCAGGUCGAGGAGCUCAUGGAUCGCUGGAUGGAGGCCCUUCCUCGAGUCCGGCCUUAUUAUUCGGUCCAAUGCAACUCCGACCAGGCCUUGCUGGCUGCCUUGGCCAAACAUCCGGCCAUAGGAUUUCACUGUACCACGCGCCAGAAUACGAGCGAGGUCCUCGACCUCGUCCACAACCCAAACCGAAUCUUCUACUCCAACCCAUGCUGGACCAGAGGAUCCUUAAGCAACGCGGCAAACAACGCCAUCAACUUUAUUGGGUUUGACAGUGCCAAAGACCUUCGCCGUAUCUACGAACAAGUUCCCCAAGCCAAUCUUAUCAUGAACAUCUGCGUGAUCCCCAACGAAGAGGACCCUUCCAGCACUUUCGGAUGCUGUUUAGCGGACUCUCCCGACCUUCUCCGUACUGCUUUUGACCUCGGUCUUAAUGUAGUUGGAAUCGGCUUUAACGUGGGACACGGAAAAAACUCCGCGAGGAUGUUUGAGAACUCGAUUGAAAUGGCCUCCCAAUUGUUCAAAAUUGGACAGGAGGUGGGCCACGACAUGCGAGUCCUCAACAUUGGCGGUGGCUUCGAAGCCGGUGAAUGCGAGUUUGUGGCCACUGCUUCUCAAAUCAACAACGCCUUGGAUCAUUUUUUCUCCGACUAUUCCGCAUUGGAGGUCAUGGCGACACCUGGUCGAUUCUUCGCUACCUCGGUUUUCUCGCUGAUCACCAAUAUCAUUGACAAGGACGAAGUCGACGCUAGUCAGAUCACCAAUGAUGAUUUUGACUCCGGAAAACUGGCCUAUGUCUACAAGACCAACGAAGGAUUCUACGGUCCAUUUGGCUGCAAGAACAGAAACGCCAACCCCGAAUGUGAUGCCCUCUUUAAGAGUUUUGAAGACCGUGAAGACAUCUUCUGCACUUCAGUCAUCGGCCCAACGUCCGAUGAAUAUGAUCAAAUUGUUCCCGCAUGCCAACUGCGUCAGCUCUCGGUUGGCGACUGGCUCGUCUGGUCCAACAUGGGGGCAUACUCUCUUGGAAACAACGCUUCACUAGACUCGGGCUUCUACCAGGAAUUGCCCAUCUACUACGUUAAGUCACAAGAUUACUGGUAAGAUUUUGUCAGGUCGCGAAGAGUUUGUUGUUUCUUACCGUUACUGAUGUUUUUCUUUAGGUUUAACGAUACUGACUCUGGCAUCGACAACUCUGCCGGCAACUCGGACACGGAGAGCGUCAUCAGCGACGACGAUGAGCUCGCCGACCGCGUCUGGGCCUCCUGGAUGGCCGACUUUGCAGGUCGCGAACGGGCGACCAAUUCAUUUUCAUUCUAA